AUGGCAGUUCAGGCUGUCGCUGCCUUUCGCUCCUCUGUGUUCAUCACACUACCAAUUCUGGAUUUUUCUUUUUCAGAUGCAAAAGAAAUUGUUUUAAAAGCCCAGAUCUUAGCAGGAGGAAGAGGAAAAGGUGUCUUCAAUAGCGGUUUGAAAGGAGGUGUUCACUUAACAAAAGAUCCUCACGUCGUGGGACAGCUGGCCAAACAGAUGAUUGGAUAUAAUCUAGCAACCAAACAAACUCCGAAAGAAGGUGUGAAGGUUCACAAGGUGAUGGUUGCCGAGGCCUUGGACAUCGCCAGGGAAACCUACCUGGCGAUUCUGAUGGACCGGUCCUGCAACGGCCCCGUGCUGGUGGGCAGCCCCCAGGGCGGCGUGGACAUUGAGGAGGUGGCCGCCUCGAACCCAGAACUUAUCUUUAAGGAGCAAAUUGACAUUUUUGAAGGGAUAAAGGACAGUCAAGCUCAGCGGAUGGCAGAGAAUCUAGGCUUCCUUGGGCCUUUGAAAAACCAGGCUGCGGAUCAAAUUAAGAAGCUGUAUAAUCUCUUCUUGAAAGUUGACGCUACUCAGGUGGAAGUGAAUCCCUUUGGUGAAACUCCAGAAGGACAAGUUGUCUGCUUUGAUGCCAAGAUAAACUUCGAUGACAACGCAGAGUUCCGACAAAAGAAUAUCUUCGCUAUGGACGACAAGUCAGAGAAUGAGCCCAUUGAAAAUGAAGCUGCCAGAUACGAUCUGAAGUACAUAGGACUGGAUGGGAACAUUGCUUGCUUUGUGAAUGGUGCCGGGCUUGCCAUGGCUACCUGUGACAUCAUUUUCCUUAACGGUGGGAAGCCAGCCAACUUCUUGGAUCUUGGUGGCGGUGUAAAGGAAGCUCAAGUAUAUCAAGCAUUCAAAUUGCUCACAGCUGAUCCUAAGGUUGAAGCGAUCCUCGUCAAUAUUUUUGGUGGCAUCGUCAACUGCGCCAUCAUCGCCAAUGGAAUCACCAAAGCCUGCCGGGAGCUAGAGCUCAAGGUGCCCCUGGUGGUCCGGCUUGAAGGUGAGUCAUGAGUCACGGCGGAUUUCCACUGCGCCAGGA